GCAGAGACAGAUUUCUACUUGACCCAUGUAAACCUUGUUUUUUCUUAAGACAGUCUCCAUCUAUGUCCCCUCUCCUGGAAUAAUGCUGUUUGUCUAAACUUCCACAAUGCCUAGUUUACUAUUAAAUAGGAGGCAGGAAACAGAGACCACACUGAGAUUAUCCCAUGCACGGACACAUCUCUUUUGAUGGCAGGCCAAAAAAGUAGGCACAGGCAGAGGAAAGAGAGAAAAAGUAGUUGCUGAAGAAUGUCAUCUGAAGGUGAGUGAUGGAUAGUAGUUAAGUUUUUAUCUUAGUUUGGGAAGGAGAGAAAAGAGAGGUUCAGCUGAAAAGAAUUCAAAAGGAACAUAUUCAUAAUUGUUUGAGUCAAACUUAAGGUGAGAAAUAAAACUACAGAGAUAACAGAAUAGAAAAAAAUCAUAAUUUUAGUAGUUAACAAUUAUUGAACUAUUCAUUCAGUUUUGCAGAGAACAUGAGACACAGAAUGAUUAAACAGCUUGCACAAAUUUACAGAGCUAGUAAAUUACAGAGCUUGAAUUGCAGUCCUGGCAUUCUGACCCACAAAAUGGCAGUAUUAACAAAGUGGCUAGAGCGAGAAUACUUACAAGAAGGGACAUAGAGACCAAAGGAAUAACGGGGCGGAGGGGGCCAGACUCCAUUUAAAAAAAUUACCAAUGGGCUAAAUAUGGUUAUGUUUUAUUAACGGUCAGAGCGCUUUGUAUACAUUAGUUCAUUUAAUUCUGCUAACAAUUCUGUGAGGUAUACUCUCAGUUCCAUUUCUCAGACGAGGCUACUUGAGACAUGAUAAAUGAUAAACAUUCCCUUCUUGCAUUGAGUUACACCUCAGGAGCACACUUCGGAGUAAGACACAGAAGACUGAAGGUGACUUGGCAACAGAACAGAACAGGGCAAGGUAAGCAAGCUGAAAGCGAGAAUGGAGGAAAAGUGCCCCAUUUAGGGAGUAGUCAGUUCCAACUUUCAAAUCUCCGCAGCCUGCCCGCCAAGGCGUCACAAAGCCCGCCCCUCGGUCACAAAGCCACGCCCCCUUCCAUGGCUGUUCUCUGAGCUGCCAAUACUUCCCUCCUUCUCUUUGGCCCCUCCCACUCCGCCUAGCAUCAUUUCCUGUGCGCUGGACGCUAAUUGGUCUAGCGAUCGGAAGUGAGGGCGGGCGGUGGGGGCCGUUGCCGCAGUGACAGUGCUGGGGGAGUCCGAAGAUGGCGGCGUCGCGUCGCUCUCAGCAUCAUCACCACCAUCAUCAACAACAGCUCCAGUCCGCCCCAGGGGCUUCGGCGCCGCCGCCACCACCUCCCCCCCCACUCAGCCCCGGCCUGGCGCCGGGGACCACCCCAGCCUCCCCAACGGCGGGUGGCCUGGCCCCCUUCUCCUCCCCGCGGCACGGCCUAGCGCUGCCGGAGGGGGAUGGCAGUCGGGAUCCGCCCGACAGGCCUCGAUCCCCGGACCCGGUUGACAGUACCAGCUGUUGCAGUACCACCAGCACAAUCUGUACCGUCGCCGCCGCCGCUCCCGUGGCCCCGGCGGUUUCCGCUUCAUCUGCCGUCGGGGUCGCUCCCAACCCAGCCGGCGGUGGCAGUAACAAUUCACCGUCGUCCUCUUCUUCCCCGACUUCUUCCUCAUCUUCCUCUCCAUCCUCCCCUGGAUCGAGCUUGGCGGAGAGCCCAGAGGCGGCAGGAGUUAGCACCACAGCAACAUUGGGGCCUGGGGCAGCGGGACCUGGGCCAGGGGUCCCAGCAGUGAGCGGGGCCCUACGGGAACUGUUGGAGGCCUGUCGCAAUGGGGACGUGUCCCGGGUAAAGAGGCUGGUGGACGCGGCAAACGUGAAUGCUAAGGACAUGGCCGGCCGGAAGUCUUCUCCCCUGCACUUCGCUGCAGGGUUUGGAAGGAAGGAUGUCGUAGAACACUUACUACAGAUGGGUGCUAACGUCCAUGCUCGUGAUGAUGGAGGUCUCAUCCCACUUCAUAAUGCCUGUUCUUUUGGCCAUGCUGAGGUUGUGAGUCUGUUACUGUGUCAAGGAGCUGAUCCAAAUGCCCGGGAUAACUGGAACUAUACCCCUCUGCAUGAAGCUGCUAUUAAAGGGAAAAUCGAUGUAUGUAUUGUGCUGCUGCAGCACGGAGCUGAUCCAAACAUUCGGAACACUGAUGGGAAAUCAGCCCUGGACCUGGCAGAUUCUUCAGCAAAAGCUGUCCUUACAGGUGAAUACAAGAAAGACGAACUCCUAGAAGCUGCUAGGAGUGGUAAUGAAGAAAAACUAAUGGCUUUACUGACUCCUCUAAAUGUGAAUUGCCAUGCAAGUGAUGGGCGAAAGUCUACCCCUCUACAUCUAGCAGCGGGUUACAACAGAGUUCGGAUAGUGCAGCUUCUUCUCCAGCAUGGUGCUGAUGUUCACGCAAAAGACAAAGGUGGACUUGUGCCUCUUCAUAAUGCGUGUUCAUAUGGACAUUAUGAAGUCACAGAACUGCUACUAAAGCAUGGAGCUUGUGUUAAUGCUAUGGAUCUCUGGCAGUUCACUCCACUCCAUGAGGCUGCUUCCAAGAAUCGUGUGGAAGUCUGCUCUUUGCUACUUAGCCAUGGUGCCGAUCCUACGUUAGUCAAUUGCCAUGGCAAAAGUGCUGUAGAUAUGGCUCCAACUCCUGAGCUCCGGGAGAGAUUGACUUAUGAAUUUAAAGGUCAUUCUUUACUCCAAGCGGCCAGAGAAGCAGACUUAGCCAAAGUUAAAAAAACACUCGCUUUGGAAAUCAUUAAUUUCAAACAACCACAGUCUCAUGAAACUGCGCUGCACUGUGCUGUGGCCUCCCUGCAUCCCAAACGAAAACAAGUGACAGAACUAUUACUUAGAAAAGGAGCGAAUGUUAAUGAAAAGAAUAAAGAUUUCAUGACUCCCCUGCACGUCGCAGCAGAAAGAGCUCACAAUGACGUCAUGGAAGUGCUGCAUAAGCAUGGAGCAAAGAUGAAUGCACUGGACACCCUGGGUCAGACUGCUUUGCAUAGAGCUGCCCUCGCAGGUCACCUGCAGACCUGCCGCCUCCUGCUGAGCUACGGCUCUGAUCCUUCCAUCAUCUCUUUACAAGGCUUUACAGCAGCACAGAUGGGGAACGAAGCUGUGCAGCAGAUUCUAAGCGAAAGUACACCUAUACGCACUUCUGAUGUUGACUAUCGACUCCUAGAGGCGUCUAAAGCUGGAGACUUGGAAACUGUGAAGCAACUUUGCAGCCCUCAAAAUGUGAAUUGCAGAGAUUUGGAGGGCCGGCAUUCUACACCUUUACACUUUGCAGCAGGCUACAAUCGUGUGUCUGUUGUGGAGUACCUUCUACACCACGGUGCCGAUGUCCACGCCAAAGACAAAGGUGGCUUGGUGCCCCUACAUAAUGCUUGUUCAUAUGGACACUAUGAGGUAGCUGAGCUUUUAGUAAGGCAUGGGGCUUCUGUCAAUGUGGCGGACUUAUGGAAAUUUACCCCUCUGCAUGAAGCAGCAGCUAAAGGAAAAUAUGAAAUCUGCAAGCUCCUUUUAAAACAUGGAGCAGAUCCAACCAAAAAGAACAGAGAUGGAAAUACACCGUUAGAUUUGGUAAAAGAGGGAGACACAGAUAUCCAGGACUUGCUGAGGGGAGAUGCUGCCUUGUUGGAUGCUGCCAAGAAAGGUUGCCUGGCAAGAGUGCAAAAGCUGUGUACCCCAGAGAAUAUCAACUGCAGAGACACCCAGGGCAGAAACUCAACCCCUCUGCACCUGGCCGCAGGCUACAAUAACCUGGAAGUAGCUGAGUAUCUUCUAGAGCAUGGAGCAGAUGUUAAUGCCCAAGACAAAGGUGGUUUAAUUCCUCUUCAUAAUGCAGCAUCCUAUGGGCAUGUGGAUAUAGCAGCAUUAUUGAUAAAAUACAACACGUGUGUAAAUGCCACAGAUAAGUGGGCAUUUACUCCUCUUCAUGAAGCAGCCCAGAAAGGAAGGACCCAGUUAUGUGCCCUGCUCUUGGCCCAUGGUGCGGAUCCAACUAUGAAGAACCAAGAAGGUCAGACACCUUUAGAUCUGGCAACAGCUGACGACAUCAGAGCUUUGCUGAUAGAUGCCAUGCCCCCGGAGGCCUUACCUACCUGUUUUAAACCUCAGGCCACCGUAGUGAGUGCCUCUCUGAUCUCACCAGCAUCCACCCCCUCCUGCCUGUCAGCUGCUAGCAGCAUCGAUAACCUCACCGGCCCUUUAGCGGAACUGGCAGUAGGAGGACCGUCCAAUACGGGGGACGGUGCAGCGGGCACAGAAAGGAAGGAAGGAGAAGUUGCGGGUCUUGACAUGAAUAUCAGCCAGUUCCUAAAAAGCCUUGGUCUUGAGCACCUUCGGGACAUCUUUGAAACAGAGCAGAUUACACUAGAUGUACUGGCUGAUAUGGGCCAUGAGGAGUUGAAAGAAAUAGGCAUCAAUGCAUACGGACAUCGCCAUAAAUUAAUCAAAGGAGUAGAAAGACUAUUAGGUGGACAACAAGGCACCAAUCCUUAUUUGACUUUUCACUGUGUUAAUCAGGGAACUAUUUUGCUGGAUCUUGCUCCAGAAGAUAAGGAAUAUCAGUCAGUAGAAGAAGAGAUGCAAAGUACGAUUCGAGAACACAGAGAUGGAGGUAAUGCUGGUGGCAUCUUCAACAGAUACAAUGUCAUUCGAAUUCAAAAAGUUGUCAACAAGAAGUUGAGGGAACGGUUCUGUCACAGACAGAAGGAAGUGUCUGAGGAGAACCACAACCAUCACAAUGAGCGCAUGUUAUUUCACGGUUCUCCUUUCAUUAAUGCCAUUAUUCAUAAAGGGUUUGAUGAGCGACAUGCAUACAUAGGAGGAAUGUUUGGUGCUGGGAUUUAUUUUGCUGAAAACUCCUCCAAAAGCAACCAAUAUGUUUAUGGAAUUGGAGGAGGCACAGGCUGCCCCACACACAAAGACCGGUCAUGCUACAUAUGUCACAGGCAAAUGCUUUUCUGUAGAGUGACCCUUGGAAAAUCCUUUCUGCAGUUCAGCACCAUGAAAAUGGCUCAUGCCCCUCCAGGACAUCACUCAGUGAUUGGGAGACCAAGUGUGAAUGGGCUGGCAUAUGCUGAAUAUGUCAUCUACAGAGGCGAGCAGGCAUACCCAGAGUAUCUCAUCACAUACCAGAUCAUGAAGCCAGAAGCUCCGGCACAAAGCGCCACAGCCGCCGAGCAGAAGACCUAGUGAAUGCCCACUGGGAAAGGCCACAUCGGAUUUAAACUUGGGACUGGAUUACAGGGGAUCGUUUCCAACAAAAUCAAUAUUCCGUAAAUCCCUGACAGCCUAGAAAGAUGCUGUCUGUCUUUUAUAAAGCAUUGCUAUAGUGAUGAAUAGAGUAUGAGUAACUGAUACAUACUCAACUGCUACUGUUCUCUUUGAGGAAAUGUUUACAGGGGUGGCCUUUUACCAUAUCUCAGGCUCAUUUGCGUUGCAACUGUCCAUUUCUAAAACAAGAUUGCUUUGAUCUAGGCUUGGAAAUGGAAAAAAGAAAAAAAAAAAAAAACACAACCAAUACUUUCCCAAAUUUCACACUUCACACACUACAUUUGCUUUGUUCUGUAUGGCACGUGUAUGUAUCAAAUGUACACAUAUGAUAGGCUCAUUUUUAAUUUUUUCUAAACCUGCAUCAUUGUCUUUUUUUUUCUUUUUUUCUUUUCAUUUGUUUGUUUGUUUACUUUGAAAAUGAGCCGGAGCCUUCUCAAGGAUAUUUUGCACAAAGUCACACAGACUAAAAUCAUUAGCGAUUCAACCCAAGCUUCUGGCUGAGCAAGACUUAGUUUCCCCUUUUUUUCCACUUGGAUUUCUUUUGUAUCCAUACUUCUUAUCAUUGUAAAUUGGGACGGGAAGGAAAAACAUCACGUUUUAGUUUCCUUUCAUGAAUUGGCCAGUCUUGGCAGGGAAAGGCACAAAGGUCAACCUGACUGAGGAGCUCCCAAGUUCAGAGAAGUCCGAGCCACUGAGGGCCCAUUGCUCCCCCGGAGGGGUUCAGGACGGUGCCAGAGACCCCAGGAGAGCACGGCCAGGGAAAGGUUGGAGUGAUGUUUCCGGUGCUCAUGAAACACCACAACACAGGGGGGAGGCCUGAGAUGGCGGGGGGGAGCAGCGCUGAGAUGAGCAGGAGGCAUGUGGUUCCCUGAGACCACAGCAGGAAAGGCUGUCAGGGCCUGCUCAGAAAGUACUUCUCUUCACUUCAGCCCAGCCACCGGGUAGUCGCCCCCCAACAUUAGCUGCCUUAUUGCCAAAUUCGGCGGAAUUAUUGUACUUCAUUGGAAUCACAAUAAUCUUUAUUGUUUUCUCCAGUUUAGAAAGCUAGGAGUCAAAUCCUCUUUAGUAAGUAGAUAUGCAAGAACUUUUGUGUUUACUCCAGAUUUGGGGUUUAUUUGGAGUGAGGUGUUUCAAAUAGUUUCUGUAGGUCCCGGCACUACAUUUUUGAACCAUUUCUUCCAACUUCUUAACAGACAAGGAGAACAAAAACUGAAACCAAAGCUCUUUCAGUUAUUUUUGUAAAGGAAGGUGGAGAAAUACUAUACUGUUUCUUCAGGAAAUUGCUACUUUGUUUUGCGUGUUUUAAUCAUUUGCCCGGUGCACACUGAGGCUUGUAAAAGAUGAUCCAUUACACAUCUCACACUUACCCUUUGCACCUUAACUGAGCAGCAAAUUGACUGCAUUAACUUGUUUACUUUGACAUGCUGUGCAUCUACUCAGCUUUGAAGCAAAAGUAACAGAAAUGCCGUUUAAAAAAAAAAA